GGACCAGGGCUGCGCAUCCCCUCCCCAACCUCCCCCGCCUCCCGCGCUCUCUCGCUCCCUCCCCGCUCGCUUCCUCCCCCACCUUCGCGGCGCUGGGAGGAAGGCGGCCGGGGCUCAAGAUGGCUUUAGCCGGGCUCUGCGCCCUGCUCGCCUGCUGCUGGGGGCCGGCGGCGGUGCUGGCCACAGCCGCCGGCGACGUGGACCCAUCCAAGGAGCUGGAGUGCAAGCUCAAAAGCAUCACGGUGUCGGCGCUGCCCUUCCUGCGCGAGAACGACCUGAGCAUCAUGCACAGCCCCUCGGCCUCAGAGCCCAAGCUCCUCUUCUCCGUGCGCAACGACUUCCCGGGAGAAAUGGUUGUGGUGGACGACCUGGAGAACACCGAGCUGCCCUACUUCGUGCUGGAGAUCUCAGGGAACACGGAGGACAUUCCUCUGGUACGCUGGAGGCAGCAGUGGCUGGAAAAUGGCACUUUGCUUUUUCACAUUCAUCAUCAAGAUGGUGCCCCGAGCCUCCCUGGCCAAGACCCAACUGAAGAGCCCCAACAUGAGUCAGCAGAAGAAGAGCUGAGGAUUCUCCACAUCUCAGUCAUGGGAGGCAUGAUCGCCCUGCUUCUGUCCAUCUUGUGCCUGGUGAUGAUCCUGUACACUCGCCGGCGCUGGUGCAAGCGCCGCCGUGUCCCCCAACCCCAGAAGAGUGCCAGUGCCGAGGCUGCCAACGAGAUUCACUACAUCCCUUCGGUGCUGAUUGGUGGGCACGGCCGGGAGAGUCUGCGUAAUGCCCGUGUGCAGGGCCACAACUCCAGCGGCACCCUGAGCAUCCGGGAGACACCCAUCCUGGAUGGCUAUGAGUACGACAUCACCGACCUCCGCCACCACCUGCAGAGGGAGUGCAUGAACGGAGGGGAGGACUUUGCCAGCCAGGUCACUCGCACCCUGGAGUCCCUGCAAGGCUGCAACGAGAAGACAGGAAUGGACCUCACACCAGGAAGUGACAAUGCCAAGCUGUCUCUGAUGAACAAAUAUAAAGAUAACAUCAUCGCCACUAGCCCUGUGGACUCUAACCACCAGCAGGCCACUCUACUCUCCCACACCUCCAGUAGCCAGAGAAAGCGGAUCAACAACAAAGCAAGAGCUGGGUCUGCCUUCCUGAACCCCGAAGGUGAUUCUGGCACUGAGGCAGAGAAUGACCCCCAGCUGACCUUCUACACUGACCCUUCCCGGAGCCGGAGGCGCAGUAGAGUGGGAUCUCCCCGAAGCCCUGUGAACAAGACCACCUUGACACUGAUCAGCAUCACCAGCUGUGUGAUCGGCCUCGUGUGUUCUUCCCACGUCAGCUGCCCUCUCAUUGUCAAAAUCACCCUGCACGUCCCUGAGCACCUGAUUGCCGAUGGGAGCCGCUUCAUCUUGCUGGAGGGGAGCCAACUGGAUGCCAGUGACUGGUUGAACCCUGCCCAAGUGGUGCUUUUCUCUCAGCAGAACUCCAGCGGGCCAUGGGCCAUGGACCUCUGUGCCCGGCGGCUCCUUGACCCCUGUGAACAUCAAUGCGACCCUGAAACUGGGGAGUGCCUCUGCUACGAAGGUUACAUGAAGGAUCCAGUGCACAAGCACCUUUGCAUUCGGAACGAAUGGGGGACAAACCAGGGGCCUUGGCCUUACACGAUAUUUCAGCGAGGCUUCGACCUGGUUUUGGGAGAGCAGCCUUCUGAUAAAAUAUUCAGGUUUACCUACACCCUCGGGGAGGGCAUGUGGUUGCCCCUCAGCAAGAGUUUUGUCAUCCCACCAGCUGAACUGGCCAUCAAUCCAUCAGCGAAGUGUAAGACGGACAUGACGGUGAUGGAGGAUGCUGUGGAGGUCAGAGAGGAACUGAUGACCUCGUCCUCCUUCGACAGCCUGGAGGUUCUCUUGGAUUCCUUCGGACCAGUUCGUGACUGCAGCAAAGAUAACGGAGGCUGCAGUAAGAAUUUCCGCUGCAUCUCAGACCGCAAACUGGAUUCCACAGGUUGUGUGUGUCCAUCCGGACUCAGUCCCAUGAAGGACAGCUCUGGCUGCUAUGACCGCCACAUCGGGGUGGACUGCUCGGACGGCUUCAACGGCGGCUGCGAGCAGCUGUGUCUCCAGCAGAUGGCGCCCUUCCCAGAAGACCCGGCCUUGUACAACAUCCUCAUGUUCUGUGGGUGCAUUGAGGAUUACAAGCUUGGUGUGGACGGACGUUCUUGUCAACUCAUUGCGGAGACCUGCCCAGAAGGAAGUGACUGCGGGGAAAUCAGGGAGCUUCCCAUGAACCAGACCCUCUUUGGAGAGAUGUUCUUUGGUUACAACAACCAUUCCAAGGAAGUGGCUGCUGGACAAGUACUGAAAGGAACAUUCAGGCAAAACAACUUUGCACGAGGAUUAGAACAGCAACUGCCAGAUGGUCUUGUGGUGGCCACUGUCCCCCUGGAGAAUCAGUGCCUGGAGGAAAUCUCAGAACCCACCCCUGACCCUGACUUCCUGACUGGGAUGGUGAACUUCAGCGAGGUGUCGGGGUACCCAGUGCUGCAGCACUGGAAGGUCCGGUCUGUGAUGUACCACAUCAAACUCAACCAGGUGGCUGUCUCUCAGGCCCUCAACAAUGCUCUCCACUCCCUUGAUGGAGCUACAUCUCGUGGGGAUUUUGUGGCUUUGUUGGACCAGUUUGGCAAUCAUUACAUCCAGGAAGCCAUCUAUGGCUUUGAGGAAUCCUGCUCCAUCUGGUACCCAAACAAGCAGGUCCAGAGGCGACUCUGGCUGGAAUAUGAAGACAUCAGCAAAGGCAACUCCCCAUCCGAUGAGUCAGAGGAGCGGGAAAGAGACCCCAAGGUGCUGACGUUCCCAGAAUACAUCGCCAGCCUGUCAGAAUCUGGCACCAAGCGCAUGGCUGCUGGAGUUCGCAUGGAGUGCCAGAGCAAGGGACGGUGCCCUUCCUCCUGCCCCCUGUGUCAUGUUACAUCCAGCCCUGACACCCCUGCUGAGCCAGUUCUGCUGGAGGUGACCAGAGCAGCCCCCAUCUAUGAAUUAGUGACCAACAACCAGACCCAGAGGCUCUUGCAGGAGGCCACCAUGAGCUCUCUCUGGUGCUCUGGGACUGGAGACGUCAUCGAGGAUUGGUGUCGCUGUGACUCCACUGCGUUUGGAGCUGAUGGACUCCCGACGUGUGCACCCCUCCCACAGCCUGUGGGCAUUGGGAUGAGCAUUCCAGAAACGGUGCUGAGCUUUGUGGAUGACAUCAUCUCUGGAGCUAAGUCCCCUUGUGCUAUGCCCUCUCAGGUGCCAGACAAGCAGCUCACCACCAUCUCGCUCAUCAUACGAUGCCUGGAACCAGACACUAUCUACAUGUUCACCCUGUGGGGCGUGGACAACACCGGACGACGCUCCAGGCCGAGUGACGUGAUUGUGAAGACUCCUUGCCCUGUGGUGGAUGAUGUCAAAGCCCAAGAAAUAGCAGACAAGAUCUACAAUCUCUUCAAUGGCUACACCAGUGGGAAGGAACAACAGACAGCCUACAACACCCUUCUGGACCUCGGUUCUCCCACCCUUCAUCGAGUCCUCUAUCACUACAACCAGCAUUAUGAGAGUUUUGGAGAAUUCACUUGGCGAUGUGAGGAUGAACUAGGCCCUAGGAAAGCUGGCCUCAUCCUCUCCCAGCUUGGGGACCUCAGCAACUGGUGCAAUGGACUGCUUCAGGAACCCAAGAUCAGCUUGCGACGCGGCUCCCUCAAGUACCUGGGCUGCCGCUACAGCGAGAUUAAGCCCUACGGACUCGACUGGUCAGAGCUCAGCCGGGACCUCAGGAAGACCUGUGAGGAACAGACCCUGAGUGUCCCCUACAAUGAUUAUGGGGACAGCAAAGACAUCUAGUGCCAUGAUGCCCAAGGGUGGCUGCUAAAAGGAAGCAAGAGAGAUGGGGGGGGGGGGCAUCUGGGAUUUUGUGUGAUUUUUUAAUAUUUUUAAUGGAACAUUAAAACCUCAGCAGACAACAUCUAAACCAGGGAGGAGGUGACCCCUACUCCCCACUGAACUCCUUCAGUGUGAUGUUCUCCAUCUGCAUGACCAGUAGAUCCCACCCUCAUCCAGCAGUUUCACGCAGCGCCAUUUCUCUUUGGGGUUUGUUUUGUAGUUGAUUUAUUUAGUUCAUUUUUCCCCAAGAGUUUCAUCAGAAUGUUUGAAUGUUGUGUCAAGCUUCUCAUGAAAGCUCCAUGAUGUUGAGCCACCCUGGGCUCAUUGGGUUUUGAGUCCAUUACAUCUAGGACAAAGAUGAGACCAGAAAGUUGUUAGACCAGCCUCAGUCCCCAACCCCAGGCAACACUCAAGAAGCAAUUCACUCUGGGCUCUGAAAUCCUGUUCACAGAGAAAGACAAGAGAACGGAGCCUGGUCCGUGAGUCUCGUGAAUCCCUCCAGACCUUUCUAUUGUCUUCUCACCUUACAGAUGCACCUAGCAUGAGGGUGAGAGGAGCUCCUAGAUUUUCAGGUCUCCCCCUCUUAAGACAGGACUGGAAUCAAAUGUUCUUCCAUCAGAUCUCUAUCCUCUCCUCGAUGUCAUCUUUUUAGAGACAAACUGUCAAACACACUUAAAAGAAGACUGCCUGGGAGACUAGUUGACAGUCCACAUUCUAGAAAAGAAGAGGCAUUCUUUGUUUUAUGAAACACUGGUGCCUCCCAGGUGAACUUCUCCAGACCACUCUGUAGGUCACGUGCCUGGAUGCUUUGUAGUUCCCCUUCUGCUUCACCUGGACAGGUAAGGCGUGGUUGAUGUCUGCUUUGCUCCAGGUGGGGGUCAGUACUCCCUGUAAGUGUUUUAGAGAAGUAAAGUCAUCACUCAUCGUAAGUUCCCUUCUUCCCACUCCCCCUUGCUAAAUUUUCUUAAUUAUGUUGCUGAUUUUACAGUCAUCUCUCUAGAUAACCACCCGCAGAAGGAAGCCUCCAUCUAAUUGUUGAGAGUAACAGAGCUUUUGUGCAGGAAAAUUCCACUGACCACAGUCAGGGUCCAGUUAUGCUUUCUGACCCCUGCCCAAAACUUGGCACCAGCGCAAGUGGGGACAGGGCUGCUAAGAAGCCCAGGCUUUCAGAAGGGGACUCCCAGACUUGGGGACCAGCAAUGGCCUUAGCUUUCCCCUACAUACCUCAGAGCCUGAACACAUACUUUCAGCCACCUCAGCUUUGAUCUGGGCUCCUCAUUUGGAAAACGUGAGAAAGGUCAGGAAGAAGAUGCAGGAUCUAUGAGGUCAGUCGCUACAGUCUACUGAGUUGCCUUUCUAUAAUAAUUAUAGCAAGUUCAUUGUUUAUCAUGUGCCAGGCCUUCAUUAGCAUUUCCUGAAUAUCACUUAACUCUCCCCACACAGGAAAGUGCUGUCUUUGAUUCCACUUUAGUGAUGGGAAGACAAAGGGAAAGUCAACUCUUCAUUUACUCUUGCUUGACCUACAGCCUGCCAGACUGUCCAAAGAUUUUAAUUCCUCUGCCAUCCUUAUGAUUGCCCACAGGAUUGUCGUGGCUGGCAGCUGUCUGAGCACUAAGCUGCACAGAGGAUCUGCCCACAGGGCCUUCCCUUUGCAGGCUCCCAGUGCAGAUGUACCCACGAGGUGGUGGGAGGGCGAGCUCAAGUGCCCCCUUAACUUCUGCAGAGAGCAUGCCCUUUGGGACCACCACGUCUGCAGCCAAGGCUUGAACCUCAGAGCCUGGGCAGAGCCUGGGGCAGGGCUGUGGGCACAGGAAGCUCUCAUCCCCUGUGGGGUCCCUUCCUAGAAAAAUGUAAGGCUUAUUUCACAUUGUGGAUUCCAUCAGCCUGAGAGAUGGCCCCAUUCCUGAGCAAAGGCUGCAGAAAGCUCUGCACCAUGACUGAGGCAGAGUCUCAGGGGAAAUGCCUCGAGGAACAAGGUUCUCAUCAUUUGUCAACCCACAGAGGGGAGGAUGCUACGGGAUUCCAACCACCCACGGGCCAGGGGCUGUGGAGGGCUGUGUUUUACCAGCACUGCUGCCUCACUGAACUUUUAUUCAAAUCUCUAAGGAAAGCAGCUUCUAGCAGGGUAGUGGGGUGACACCAAGGACCCCCCUGUCUUCCCACCACCAGGUGGGCCACAUGGAGCUGGUGGUCAGGAGCAAGGAAGGAAUGACCCCCUUCUUUGUCCCUUCCUUCUGUUGUUACCAAGAUAAGAGGCUUGCCAUUUCCCCCUCCCUUUCUCUUCUCCUCACGCUCCCAUGUCCCCCCUCCUCCUUUCAUUUACUCUUUCUCUUCUUCACCUGUGAGGGACCCUUUCUCCCUUGCUCCCUCCUCACCAAGCUUUUUUUUUCUCCUUCCAUUUCCCCUCACUGCAAACAUGUACACACCCACUGUGUACAACACCACAUGACUAUGCACGCCACAUGAUAGUGCAUACACAGUGCACACACCACACACAGUGUACACGUGCUACACAGGCAUAUUAGACACUCUACAUACUGCACACACACACAUACCGUACACACCUACACUCACACUAUACACACACCACAUACACACAUCCAACACCACACAACUCUACAUACACACUUUAUACACAUACUAUAUGCACACUGUACACACAUGCUAUAUGUACUGUAUGUACACACACGUGCAUUGUGUAUAUGUACUAUACACACCACGUGCACACUAACACACUAUAAUCGCACCACAGACAUACUAUAUAAAUUCACUACACAUGUUAUACCAAAACAUGCACACCACAUGCAUACUCCAUAUGUGCUACAUGUCACACACACACACACACACACACAGAUUCACCCAGCCCUAUACUUGGGUCCCUUUCAUUUCCAAGUUAAAAGUAAGGUGAGUGUGAGUGGGGAAGAAAGACAUCUUCAGAUUCCCCUAAGGUUUAAGUGUAAAACUCUAGAAGACACCAUUGCCCACACCAUGGCAAUAUUCCACAGAGUGUGCCUGGAUGAACCCAUUUUGACUAGAAAGGGGUGGUGGCACUGGAUCAGUAUUAAAGCCCAAGCUUCUAUUUUACCAAACAAGUCUGAGUCAUUUUCGCCCAGCAGCCUCUGACUGUUCCCCCCCCCC